AUCAGCUGUUUCUCUUUCCAGGCCGUUUUACUAUGUGGGACUGUGGGUGGGAGCUGCUGCUGUUGCUGCUGGUAGGAUGGUACAGGAAGUGAACGUCACUGACACAGGAAUAGGACUGAAAAAAGAAAACACCAUCAUGAUGAGGAGAAUGUCAAAUCCCACCGUGUAGGAAACCGAAUCGCUGCUUCAACUCGGGGAAAACGAUGAAUUGUUGUGUCCGAGCUGGAAUCGAGGCAUCAGGAAGGGUACUGGCGCGUUGCUAAAUGGAGUCGGAGCAGCUGUACCACAGAGGCUACUGCAGGAACAGCUACAACAGCAUCGCCAGCGCGAGCAGCGACGAGGAGCUGCUGGAUGGAGCCGGCGUCAUCAUGGACUUCCACACCACCGAGGACGACAACCUGCUGGAUGGGGAUGCUGCCUCCCCAGGGUCUAACUACGCCAUGUCUAACGGAGGCGGGGUCGCCAGCAGCACCACCCACCUGUUGGACUUCCUAGAGGAGCCCAUCCCUGGUGUUGGGACCUACGAUGACUUCCACACCAUUGAUUGGGUCCGCGAGAAGUGCAAGGAUCGCGAGAGACACCGGAAGAUCAACAGUAAGAAAAAGGAGUCGGCAUGGGAGUUCACCAAGAGCCUGUACGAUGCCUGGUCUGGCUGGCUGGUGGUGACACUCACCGGCUUGGCGUCAGGUGCUUUGGCUGGCCUGAUUGACAUUGCUGCUGACUGGAUGAACGACCUGAAGGAGGGCGUGUGUCUGAGCGCCAUGUGGUUCAACCACGAGCAGUGCUGCUGGACCUCCAAUGAGACCACCUUCGCUGAGAGGGACAAGUGUCUUCAGUGGAAGAGCUGGGCUGAGCUAAUACUGGGGCAGGCCGAGGGUCCCGGCUCAUACAUUAUGAACUACUUCAUGUAUAUUUACUGGGCGCUGUCCUUUGCCUUCCUGGCUGUCUGUCUGGUCAAGGUGUUUGCUCCGUACGCCUGUGGCUCGGGGAUCCCUGAGAUCAAGACCAUCCUGAGUGGGUUUAUCAUCCGGGGCUACCUGGGCAAGUGGACCCUGAUGAUCAAGACCAUCACUCUGGUUCUGGCUGUGGCGUCCGGCCUCAGCCUGGGGAAAGAGGGGCCCCUGGUCCACGUGGCCUGCUGCUGUGGGAACAUCUUCUCCUACCUCUUCCCCAAGUACAGCAAGAAUGAGGCCAAGAAACGAGAGGUUCUUUCUGCUGCGUCAGCCGCUGGGGUGUCUGUUGCUUUUGGAGCGCCGAUCGGAGGAGUUCUCUUCAGCUUGGAGGAGGUGAGCUACUACUUCCCUCUCAAGACUCUGUGGCGCUCCUUCUUCGCUGCCCUGGUGGCCGCCUUCGUCCUGCGCUCCAUUAACCCUUUCGGUAACAGCCGCCUGGUGUUGUUCUACGUGGAGUACCACACGCCGUGGUACCUGUUUGAGCUCAUUCCUUUCAUCCUCCUGGGAGUGUUCGGGGGCCUGUGGGGCGCCUUCUUCAUCCGAGCCAACAUCGCCUGGUGCCGGCGGCGCAAGUCGACACGCUUCGGUAAGUACCCAGUGUUGGAGGUGAUCUUGGUGGCUGCCAUCACUGCAGUGGUUGCUUUCCCAAACCCCUACACCCGUCAGAACACCAGUGAGCUGAUUAAGGAGCUUUUCACCGACUGCGGCCCGCUGGAGUCCUCCCAGCUCUGUCAGUACCGCAGCCAGAUGAACGGCAGUAAAGCCUUCACCGACAACCCCAACCGGCCGGCGGGGCCCGGCGUCUACUCCGCCAUGUGGCAGCUCUGCCUGGCGCUCAUCUUUAAAAUCAUCAUGACUAUAUUCACAUUCGGACUCAAGGUGCCAUCGGGCUUGUUCAUCCCCAGCAUGGCUAUCGGGGCAAUCGCAGGGCGAAUCGUUGGCAUCGCCGUGGAGCAGCUCGCCUAUUAUCACCACGACUGGUUCCUGUUCAAAGAGUGGUGCGAGGUGGGCGCCGACUGCAUCACUCCGGGGCUCUACGCCAUGGUGGGGGCCGCCGCUUGUCUGGGUGGUGUGACUCGUAUGACUGUCUCCUUAGUCGUUAUUGUGUUCGAGCUGACCGGUGGGUUGGAGUACAUCGUCCCCCUCAUGGCUGCUGUCAUGACCAGCAAAUGGGUGGGUGACGCAUUUGGCCGAGAGGGAAUCUACGAGGCCCACAUCCGCCUGAACGGAUACCCCUUCCUGGACGCCAAGGAGGAAUUCACACACACCACACUGGCCAGAGAGGUGAUGAGGCCCCGACGCAGCGACCCACCGUUGGCGGUGCUGACGCAGGAUGACCUGACGGUGGAGGAGCUGCAGGGCGUCAUCAAUGAAACCAGUUAUAAUGGUUUCCCUGUCAUAGUUUCCAAGGAGUCCCAGAGGCUGGUGGGCUUUGCUCUGCGCAGGGACAUCACUAUUGCUAUUGAAAAUGCUCGCCGUAAGCAGGAGGGCAUCAUGUUAAACUCCAGGGUGUACUUCACCCAGCAUGCACCCACCCUGCCUGCCGACAGCCCCCGACCCCUCAAACUGCGCUCCAUCCUGGACAUGAGCCCCUUCACCGUCACCGACCACACCCCCAUGGAGAUUGUGGUGGACAUUUUCAGAAAGCUGGGGCUGCGCCAGUGCCUGGUCACUCACAACGGGAUUGUGUUGGGCAUCAUCACAAAGAAGAAUAUAUUAGAGCAUCUGGAGGAGCUCAAGCAGCACACGGAGCCCCUGGCGGCUUCUUGGUAUUAUCACAAAAAAGGACAUCCUUCGUCACAUGGCUCAAAUGGCAAACCAGGAUCCAGAGUCCAUCAUGUUCAACUGAUCCGCUCCUUCCAGGACGGCUGGGGGGGAGGAGGAGGAGGAGACGACAGUGAGGAAGAAGUGUGUCUCCUGAACGGCUCCAAUCUCUGACAUUCGGCCCCUGUGUUUUUUUUUUUGUUUUGUUUUUUUGUUUUAGUUCUCAGCUUUGUAGUCCCUGAAACGACUGACUGUGGCCUCCAGAGACUUACCGGCUGCGCGAGGGAAAAGACGAUGAUAAAAAAGACUUUGUUAUUAUCAGUCUGGCUGCUGAGGACACAAUGAGGUCACAGGUUGAAGGCACACACAUGAGGAAAUGCACUUUUUACACACAUACAUACACACACACGUGCAAAAUCAAACAAAAAAACACACUUUUUUGCACUUGCAGACACCUCAAACAUGCAUGCUGUCUCUCCACACACACAGACACACACCCACAGACUCCCCAAACCUGUAAAGUUACACCCAUUUGCACUCUUCACGUGCCUCAUCCUUGUCCCGUCUCCGCCGAGGUCGCGGUGGGCGUCGCCUGGCAGGGGUGAAAGGUCGGAAUGAACCGCCGAUGAGGGACGCGAUGAGGGACCUUAAAACCUCCAGGCUCCGGUCGAAUUAAAGAAAGAAAGAAAAAGUUACUUCCCCUCCCUUCGCACACACCUGACCUGUCCGUCCUCCAGGAAAAAUGCAUUGUUUACCUGUGAAUUAAGUGUGUGAGGAUGUUUGUGAGCGUGUGUGUGUGCGCCACUACAUUCCAGCCGGGUUACCAUGGGAACUGAGAGGACGUGCACCUGCUCCUCGCACUCGAAAAACACGGCGGUUUCUCGUUAUGCGUCAUGGCACACGGCUGCUCCCCUGCGUUAGGUCUAACAGAGAUGGCUUUAAUAUGUGUGUGUGUGUGUGUGUGUGAGAGAGGAGAGAGAGCGUACGAGAGGCUGGUCGAGACGGUACUGUAUUUCAAGAACAAAAAUGUUCCCUUUCAGAAGGAAAUAAGUGGAACUGGAAGACCUUUGUGUGUGUGAGUGUGCGUUUUCAUUUCUGAGCCAGCUUGUGAGGGUGUGUGUGUGAGAAAACAGGUCGAGUGUAAAGGAAAAAAGAAAAAAUAAAGGAAAAAGUGUCCAGGUUCACAGACAUGAAUUUAAACGUCCUUUUUCUUCUCAAACCGUUCAUUUAGAUUCUCAUCGGCUUGAAAUCAAACAAAACUGGAAAGCUUGAGGUUGUGGUGAAGGUGGAAGAUGAUGCUACAUGGUGACCUCUUUUUUUUUUUUUUUUUUUUCCCUUCCUCAGUAAUCCACGUCUUCAGGAAGUAACAUAAGAGCUACAGGUACCUCAGAUAUCCUCCCUCAGUUUGUCAAACCGAGCUUUGUGUCUCUGAGCCCCCACAGGUAUUGUUGGACCCUGCAACCUGAUUUACACAACAAAGCCUCAGUUUGACAGCUGUGCACACUAAAAAUGGAUAUUUGAUCUGUCCUCCACACUUUGAUUGAAUCCUAUAUCCUGCCAAUUUUUUAAUUAUCACUUUAACCUGCACUGUGUGGCAGAUGGUUGAGAGUUAGACCUUUUAAAAUGACAAAAAUACAAGAUAACAGCUUAAAACUAAUGUCAUUUCCAGUAAAAUAUCCCCAAUUUUAGUAAAAUAAUGCCCCCUAUAAACAGUCCAAACAUUCAAAUCACAAUAUAUGACAGGAAAGCUGUAAAUCCUCACAUUUUAAAGCUAAAAACCAGCAAAUGUACAGCAUCAGUCUGUCACAAAUUACUUUAAUUAUUAGUCUUAACUUUCGGCACGACAGAAAUGAUUUUGAGUUUAAUCAAACCCGCUGAUCCUUUAGCUCCAAGCAGGUAAAACUGAUUUAAAGCUCUUCUCCUUGAAUGCUGGCAGAUUUCAUGGUACUUUAAAACAAAAGAGCGACAGCUUAAAAGAAAGACUGAAUUGGAAAAAUAAUACCGUAAAUGAUAAGACAAAGUUUAAACAUCUACAUGUUGAACUUUAGUUUCUGAAAAGGUCACUGUCUACUUUCAAGGUCAAGAAUGAAUAACAUUUGCAUUAAAUGGCUGUUUUUUGAACUUCUCUGUGACCCUUGAAGCUAAAACUGUAUCUGUAAAUCUAAACAUCUGGCUGCAUCUGCCCACUGCUUUUGCUUCCAGCAGGUUUUGUUCAUGCUCCUCUGAUCUCGCCACACCUGCCAAGUGCCUGGCAAAAGGUUUUUAGGCUUUUCACACUCAUCUUUUCUGCUGACAUUUCCCUUUUGUAGUCAUCAAAUAUCUGAUGUGUCAAGUGGAAGUGAUGAAGGGAAAUGAAGCGAUGGUGAUGUUGAACAGUAGCACCUUACCUGUAGAGUGUGUGUGUGUGUGUGAGGAAGGUGGGCGUACGUCUUUGCGUUGCAGCGUCUGUCCCGCUGUGGUUCGACAGGGAGCAGAGCAUCGUCUUUGUUAACCAGUGGUGUUGCCUAACAUUGUAUUUCAUACUGAUCUCGAUGUUUUUUCCUCUUUUUUUUUUUUUAAUUUAUGGGUAGUGUCGAUAGAGUUGUGCAUUAUUAUUCUGAAGAAUUUUAUGUAUGAUUACAUGGAUUGUUUGAUUGUACAUUUAAAACAAAAUGUGUAAAGGUUAAAUUUUGUUUUAAAUUAAAAGGAAAAAGAUUCAAGUUGCACAAA